AUGUCUCCCUCUGCAGUCCUACCUGGAUCGGGCGAUCAUGCCACUCAGCCCCAGACCACACCUAGCAACCCCGCCCACGAAGAAUACCAGUACAUCAACCUCAUCCGGACGAUCCUCUCGGACGGUGAAUACCGACCGGACCGCACGGGCACGGGAACGCGAUCGAUCUUCGCACCACCUCAGCUGCGAUUCUCACUAUCCAAACCCAGUCCUACGCCCAACAGCGACCCCAUCCCCAUCCUACCCCUCCUCACCACGAAACGCGUGUUCCUGCGCGGCGUGAUCGCCGAACUCCUCUGGUUCAUCUCCGGCUGCACCUCGUCCAUCCCCCUCUCCGAGAACGGCAUCAAGAUCUGGGACGGGAACGGCAGCCGCGAAUUCCUCGAUAAAGUCGGGCUAUCCCAUCGCGAAGAAGGCGACCUCGGUCCCGUCUACGGCUUCCAAUGGCGUCAUUUCGGCGCCGCCUACGUCGAUGCCAAAACAGAUUACUCCGGCCAGGGCGUCGACCAGCUCGCUGACGUCGUCCAUAAACUGAAACACUCCCCCUUUGAUCGUCGCAUCAUCAUAAGUGCUUGGAACCCCGCCGAUCUUAAACUCAUGGCCCUCCCCCCGUGUCACAUGUUCGCUCAAUUUUACGUCUCCUAUCCAGACGGUCCCGGUUCCAAGGGUUAUCUCUCUUGCUUGAUGUAUCAGCGUUCCGUCGACACGGCGCUCGGUCUGCCAUUCAACAUCGCCUCCUAUGCUCUCCUCACCCAUAUGCUGGCUCACGCGGCGGAUCUUCAUCCCGGCACUUUUACCCAUUCCAUGGGCGAUACCCAUGUCUAUCUGGACCAUGUCGGGCCCUUGCAGGAGCAGUUGAUGCGCGAACCGACUGAGUUUCCCGAGUUGCGGAUCAAGCGCGACGAUCGCGGCAGUGGCAUCGUCGACGGCUGGAAGGAGGAUGAGUUUGAGGUGAUUGGUUAUCAGCCUCAUAAAGCGAUCAAGAUGAAAAUGAGCGUCUAG